UUUCUCUCUCCUCAAUUCCAUUUGUGUGCCAAUUACAAGGAGCCUCAACGACUUGCUCUGACUCUGAAGGAUAGAUUCGACUCUUUCGAGUCAAAUCGUGAGUUACUCCCUACUACUUACGUGGCUACUACUAGCUCGGUCACUUCGCGUUCGGCCCCGCUUUGUUGCCCUGGAUACCACAACUCUCAACGUGUGCCAUUUGUCAUUUGACGAAUUGCAAACAGCGAUACUCUUUGCCCAAAAAUUUUGAAUGAGCGUCAUCAUCUACAUUCGCUCCUUUACCGAUUAAAUUUGCUGUGGUGAUUAUCGCGACAACCGCUUCUCACCAUGGCGGAUGAUAUGGAUUAUCUCUCCCCUGACUUUGACCUCAAUUCUCUUACGGUACCACGCCUCCGGUCCAUUCUCGUCAGUCAUGAUAUUCCAUACCCGGCUUCCGCGAAGAAGGCACAGCUUAUUCGGAUCCUGGAAGAUGAGGUUAUACCCCAGGCGAGGAGAUUACUUCGGGAACGAGAGCGAGUGAGACGUACCAGCGACGGAAUUACAGAUAUGGGAAGUCGCGCGACGUCAGUAGUCAGUGAUUUCAAUGAUCGACGUGAGGACGAAAACAGAGAUUCCAUGCCUCCCCCACCAACACCUUCGACCGUCUCUACCGCAACUGGGGGAAGGCGAGGACGAUCGAGGAUGAGCACACGGGCCUCGACCGCCGACGUUGAUGAUAGAAAUAUUCCUACUACGCCGUCGACGGCUACUAGACGAACAGCACCGAGAUCAGAGUCGAAACGCAUUCGCCCAUCUGAACUUGAGUAUCGCCACGAUACCCCCACAACACCAGUCGCCGCAGAUACCGUUACUCCUCGAAAGUCGGCUGCUAGAAAGCUACGGAGAAGCCAAAUGACACCUUCGACUGAACCGGAAACUUUUGCGCCGUUGAUUAAAGACGAGCCUAAAGAAGAGAGCGUGUUUACUUAUGACAAUCCAUUCCAAAGUGGAAGUUCUCCAGCUCCCCGGUCCGAUAGGAAGCGAAAGAGUGGUUCAAUGCUCCCAGCUGAAAGCCCCGCCUUGAACCAAGGUUUGCGAGCCAGAACAGCUGACGCGUAUCUCAAGCAGGAAGACGAUGCUAUAGUAUCUAGGCGGUCUUCCUUCCAAUUUCCAGCCUCGAAGCUGGGGUCGCCCCAUAAGGAGCUUGAACCUGUCUCGAAUGAAGAUGAGAGUGAGCUCAGUGCUGGAGAAGAGUUUACACCCGACGAACAAUUAGCAUUAGAAAGGGAACAGGCGGACAUGUGGUACCCUCCUACUACCCGCCCGCAACGAAAGCAAGGUCCUGCGAGUCGCGCGGCCCCUUGGGUGAUUAUAUUCCUGCUUUUCACUGGUUUUGGCGCUUGGUGGCGAAAGGAGAAGAUCGAAAUUGGGUUUUGCGGCAUUGGAAAGCCCACUUGGUCAUUGGCGGAGACCCGAAUCCCUGAAUGGGCGAAUGUCCUAGAGCCACAAUGUGAACCAUGCCCUCCGCACGCAUUCUGCUAUCCUAACUUCGAAGCACUCUGCGAACAUGACUUCCUUCUCAAGGCACAUCCUUUAUCGCUAGGAGGCUUGGUCCCACUUCCUCCGACUUGUGAGCCAGACAGUGAGAAGGCUCGACGCGUCAAAGCUGUUGCUGAUAAAGCCGUGGAGGAGCUGCGUGACCGACGGGCCAAGUGGGAGUGCGGAGAGCUCGCACAUGAUGGUGAAGAAGUAGAAGGACCAGCGAUCAGUGAAUUGGAACUGAAGCAUGAGGUAGGGAGGAAGCGUCGGAAGGGAAUGAGUGAUACCGAGUUCGACGAUUUAUGGAAGGGUGCGUUGGGUGAAAUCAUCGACAGGGACGAGGUCAUUAGCCAAACUAAGUCAUCAUCUUCUGUCCUCACCCUCACCUCGACAUCAGUCAGCCGGCUCCCCCUUACGUGCGCCUUCCGCCGCUACAUCAGACUCUCUCUCCUCGCGUAUCGACUCCCUCUUUCAGUUCUAAUUAUCUGCGCGUGUGCCAUGAUAUAUGCUCGCUCAAGAGUCCUUGCUCAUCAGUCUGAUAUGGCUCGAGUUCCCGAACUAGUAGCCACUACGCUCGAUCGCCUGGCGACACAGGCCGCUUUACAUGCUCGUGGCAAAGCCCAUGAACCGUACAUUCCUAUCGGACAACUGCGCGAUGAUGUGCUUCGGUCUGAACUGCGGGGCAGUCGGCGCGAGGAGCUUUGGCGACGGGUUCGCAACGUGGUCGAGGGAAAUGCGAACAUUCGAGCUGCAGUGCGAGAGGGUCGUGGCGGUGACGUUGCCCGUGUAUGGGAAUGGAUCGGAGGCAUCGGCAGUGUUCGGGGAGAUGAAGGGUCCUCGGCGCUGCAGCAUUUGUCAACCUCUCCUUCUGCGCACAGCCCUCAUCAGAUGGAUGGCCACGUCAAUCUACAUCGUAGAUGGGACGAGGGGAGACCUCUUUACUGAGAACCUUUCUGUAUUUUCUUCGCUCCUUCCCGCUCCCCUUUAUUCCAAGAUCUUUAUUUCUCUAUCAUUAUCCGUGCCUCUUUCUUCUCUUGUGAUUUCGUUUUCUCCGGUUGGAACGGGCUUCCCCUACCUUGUUUCUGAACUUUAUGGAUAUUCUGCGAGAUAGUGGAAUCGGACCGUGAUAGAUGGAUUUUCUUUCUAUUACAUUUCUUGUUUCCUCUCUUUAUUUUCUUUUCCCUUCGAUUUUUAAUUCUGGUGUCGAUAUUACGUUUUACGGCUUGACUAAUUUCUUUUUUUGGGGACAAUGGGAUUCUUCUGAUCUGAUGAAUAAUACGACAUAUCCUUAAUGA